AUGGCGGCGGCGGAGCAGCUCUACCCGCGGAGCUCCAUCGAAGAUGACUUCAACUAUGGCACAAACGUGGCCUCGGCCAGUGUCCACAUCCGCAUGGCUUUUCUACGGAAAGUCUACAGCAUUCUUUCCAUUCAAGUUCUUUUGACCACAGUCACAUCUGCAAUUUUUCUGUACUCUACUGGAGUGCAGGCAUUUGUUCAUGAAAGGCCUGCCUUGCUUUUGAUAUCUGGGUUUGGAUCUUUGGCUAUAAUCGUGGCACUGACCCUCUACAGACACCAGCAUCCUGUUAAUUUAUACCUGCUUUUUGGAUUUACCCUACUGGAAGCACUGACAGUUGCCAUUACAGUCAGUUUCUAUGAUGUGUCCGUCGUCUUGCAAGCCUUUAUUCUUACUACUGCUGUAUUUCUUGGACUGACUGUGUAUACCUUGCAGUCAAAGAGAGACUUCAGCAAAUUUGGAGCAGGCCUCUUUGCUUGUUUGUGGAUUUUAAUCUUCUCGGGUUUCUUGAGGCUGUUUUUCUACAGUGAGACAAUAGAGUUGGUGUUUGCUGCCGCCGGAGCUCUUCUGUUCUGUGGAUUUAUUAUUUAUGAUACUCAUUUGCUGAUGCACAAAUUAUCCCCUGAAGAGUACAUACUGGCUGCAAUCAAUCUCUAUUUGGACAUCAUCAAUCUGUUCUUACACCUGCUGCGUUUACUGGAAGCAUUUAAUAAAAAAUAGUCAAAAGCGGUGUGGUUUGACUAUAGCGCAUAUAAAGUUAAGUACCUAGAUAGUGUUUGGAUGAUCUACAGACUGGGUAGUUCUGUCUUCUAGAGACUGAAUCUUUAUUACUUUUUCAUUCCAUGAAUAUUGAUCCCUCCUUAGGAAAAAAAGGCUUUUUAUAUAGCUAAAGUUCUUCUCUAGAAUAUGUAUUUUAUGUAGUUAACAUGCUGUCAUCAUUUCAGUCACUUUUUUAAUCACUUAAUUUGCACUUGACAUAAUUCACGAUUAAAAUGUUUGCCAACUUCUGAUUGCUCCAGAGUAAGCCUCUCUCCGCUAUUCUGUAGCUGCUGGAAAUGUUUCCUUUGGGAUUGCAAGUGUGUGUACUGCAUAAGGAUAGCCUGAGUUUAUCAUUGUGCAAUGUUUUACUAAGCUAAAAUUUUUUCUAGUUUUUGUUUGGUAAAAUGGAAUGCUGUCUCUAACAGAGAUACUCUUGUUCUUGUUAAGGGCUGUCAGAUUAUUCUGUAAGCUGGGAGGGUAUUAAUUAAAGGGAAUGUUCUUCA